AAUGGUUUUAUGAACAUCAACAUCCAAUCAAUUGUACGAAUAAACGGUUUGCUAUUAUUCAAAAUUAUGCUUGGUCUGGUUUUGGAUCAACCGUUCAUCAAAUUGCAUGGGCAUUUGGUGCAGCAAUAGCAGAUAAUAGAAUUGCUGUGUAUAAAAUCCCAGGAAAUUGGCUUUAUGGAGAUUGUAAUUCAACAACACCAGAUUGUUUUUUUCUUCCUAUCACAAACUGUUCAAUUCCAUCCAAAGUUGAUGGUAAUCAAACAAUUACAAUCAAUGCUAAGUUUGGCCAUUGGUCUAAAUCAAUUAUUCCAUCUACAUUUCAAAAUCAAACUUUUAAUUGGUAUCGUGUACAAAUAAUAUUUUAUUUAAUUCGAUAUAAACCUGAAACAUUAGCUCAUGUACUGAAUGCCAUAUCAAAACAAUUUCAACCAUCUUCAAUCGAUCUUCAUCAUCCUUAUAUUGCUGUUUACGUACGUCGAUCAGAUAAAGUUAGAAAUAAAGAAAUGUCUCGAGCAUUUACACUUAAACAAUAUUUUGAUUUAUUUGAUGCUCAUGCUCGACAAGCGAAUAUAUCAACGAUUUAUAUUAAUUCUGAAGAUGAAAAAGUACUCAAUGAAUUUGUUCAAAUAAAUAAAGAAAAACAAGGUUAUUAUAAAUUAUUAAAUCUAACAUUGCCAAGAAAUAUUGUUUUUGGGUCAUUAAUUCAUAUGACAAAACAACAACGUGGGAAAAUUGUAUUAGAAUUUCUUACUGAUUUAUUUAUUGAAGCUAAUGCAGAUUUACAUGUCGGUACAUUAACAUCAAAUUGGUGUCGAUUAGUUGACGAAAUGCGACUUGCCUUAGGAAAAUUAAUACCUUUCUAUACACCUGAACAAAUAUACAGAGUAUAA